UGUCAAUCAAAUCGUCCCGCGAGAAGGCUUAUUAUCGGUCGUAAAAAAACGUAGCAACGUGAUGCCAAAACAGCAAUUUUGUGAGCUGAUACGAACGACGAACCCUGAACAACGUGAGCUGAUUCAUGAGGUCAUACAUCGUUUACAUGGCUGUGGAGAUGAGGUCGUCGUCACACUACAAGUUUUCUUCACAGGACCGGCCGGCUGUGGGAAAACUUAUUCAGAUAAGUGCCUGAUGGAGACGUACAAUCGUUACACACAGGAACACAACUCACUGAACAACGCAUACGUUGCUUGUGCAAGCACAGGCAAAGCAGCUGUCCCUAUUGGCGGAACGACAGUUCACUCAGCGUUUCGUCUCACAAAUUCUCGAGUGACAAAUCUUCUUUCUGCUGAGAACUUGCAAGCCUACAGAAACAUGUUUGUCGGCGUGAAAGUUGUUUUCAUUGAUGAAAUCAGCAUAUUGAGUGCAGCUAUACUUGGAAAAAUCAAUUAUCGACUACAGCAGAUUACCGGUAUUUACGAUCAACCAUUCGGAGGCAUUCACAUGAUCUUAUGCGGCGAUUUCAGACAGCUGCCACCUGUGCGCGCUAGUCCGUGUUACACAGUACCACACAACCAACUCGGAGGACCUGUACUCUGGCAAAGCAUCAACUACUUCCCAUUAGUCCGUGUUGUCCGACAAACUGACGAGCUGUUUUCGACGAUUCUCACCAAAAUUGGAGAUGGACUCAAACUAAGUGUCAAUAAUAUCGCACUUAUUGAGUCCAGGCACAAAUCUGAAGUCUGGUGCAAAGAGAACGUACCCGACGCUGUCAGAUUGUAUUACAGCAACCAUGAAGUAGAUUCAUACAAUCGAAACGCAAUUCAAAACGCACACAACUGUAUCGCCACUGAUAUUAUGCUUGGGUAUUCCAGCAAUUCUGAAAAGAGCCGGGAGCAAGGGAAACUUCACAAGAUGUCGGUUGCAGAAACCGACGGAUUGCCAUACAUGUUGCCAUUAGCAGUAGGAUAUCAGUACAUGAUUACAUCUAACAUAGACGUCGCCGAUGGAUUGGUAAAUGGGGCUAUUGGAGUUUUGCUAUACAUCGAACGUCAGCCAGCCAAUGCAGAUGACCGUUCUGCUCCAGGAGGACCAUCGACCAGCACAAGUUUGCCGCCAGCUGAAGAUGAAAUCGCCACUCUAUGGUUCCAGUUUGAAGACAAAAAUACGGGUACCAAAGCAAAAAUCAAAUGUCGACCACAUGUGCACAGCAAACCAAACACCUUAUCCGUCGAUUGGGUGCCAGUGCACAAGAGAGUGGUAAACAAUUUCCUUGCGUGCCUGCUUGUGCAAUUACGAUCCACAAGGCCCAGGAUGGGACGUUUACUACAAUUGUUUACAAGUACUCCUCAAAACAACCACAGCAAUUGGUAUAUGUAGCCAUGAGCCGCGUCACAAGUAUCGUCACGGAUUGUACAUCAUAACAGAAAAGGACUCUCCAUUGGUUUUCAAACAUGGCCGAGAUGGAAACGACUCACAGACUACUCGAGAUAUAUAUCGCAAUGAAUACUUACGACUUCGUGGACACAAUUACCAAACAAGCCGUAAAAUUCUGUGACGACGCAACCGACGCUGCGUCGUCACAGAAUUUUACGGCUGUCGAACAUCAACUGUCAAAGUUUAAGUGCCCAUGCCGCGGACAUUGAAACAGAUACAGUGAUACCACGAUCCGACUAUUUAGUAUUGACUGAAACGUGGAUGCGCGACACUUGUGAACCAACUCCAAUCAAGGGUUAUGAGUGCGUAUCCAGGGAAAAUAAUCGAACUAACUCAGAUACCAACGCGGCUGGUGGAGUGGCGAUCUAUCGUAAAUUAUCAUCGACAUCUAAACCGGAAGUGGUCCAAGUUGCGAUUACAGACGUAACUCGUGUCAUUAAAACCAAGGGUGACAUGUGCAUGACUGAAGUUACUUGCUUCGCCGCUAAUACUAGCUUCAAGUUUAUACUCGGCGCUGUAUAUAUUCAUCCAGGAGCUAGUAUGCAGGAUAUUGGAAUGUUACUAUGGCAAGGACUCGGUCCGUACAUUCACAACAGCCAGAUUCUUCUGUGUGGUGAUUUUAACAAAAACGUUUCUUAAUUUCAUGAAAAAUACGUAUAAUCUUGAUUGCGUAUCAAACGUAUCUAAGUCAACUACGUUAAAAGGAACAACUAUGGACUUGACGUUCGCAAGACACAUUACAGCAGAAACACUUCCUUUCAUUUCAUAUUUCUCCUAUCAUCGUCCUAUCCUCAACAAAAUCACUCAAAUAGGAAUUAGUUAAGUUUAAGUUUACAUGUACAAUGUUUUAGUAAACAAAAUAUAUUUCUAUAGUUAAAA